AUGCCUAGCCCAAAGAAAUCUAGAGGCAAGAGAAAAGGUCAAGAUCUCGAUAAUGGACCUCCAGCUGGACAAGUCAAGAAAAUACAAACUCCACGUACUCACAAUGUAGAAGCUGCUGAUAGUCAUCCUGCUCUUUCGGAUGAACUCUGUGGCCCUCAACACUCUGGAUCAUCUCGCAAACAAUUCUCAAAAGGCUCUACAUCCUUCAGCCCCAAUAUUCUGAACAAUCCACAGGCUCCUGAACCUUGCAGGGUUCACAAAUCUAAAAAGGGUAUUGCUCCUCCUCCAUAUACUGCAGCUGAAAGGAAUUCCAUGGAUAUAUGUGGGCCUCCAUCAAUUGUGCCACCUGGUACAGAUAACCCUUAUGCAGCUGCCAUGGGUCAGAUACCACAUAGGAACAAUGCAAUUUCAUGUACCACUAGUACAAUCAAUCCCUGUGUAACAGCACUCCCUCCCAGCACAGCACCAUCACAUGCCACGAGUGCACAGUUGGAGCCAAGGUUUCCAAACACCUUGCAGUGUACCUAUCAGCCUGAUGCACCCACAAUGCUUCUGGAGCAUUUCAUAGAUCCAGCGCUACAGACUCAGGUGUCCUCAACUGGUGCAAGUGCACCAAGGUUUUCAAACACCCCCCAGUAUGUCAAUCAGUCUUUUGUUCAAUCUCAGGCUGCUGUGCUCCAAAGGCUUCUAAAGCCUGUUACAGGCCCGGCACUGCAGACUAAGAAUCAUCUUUUGAUGAGUGAUGAAUCAGACCCUGAGGACAGUGGGAGCACAAACAGUGACGAGAGUUCAGCACAUGAGGACACUGAAGAGGAAGAUGAAGGUGCUGAUAGAGAUACUGACAUUGGUAACUGGGAAGCAUUUGGUGGAUGCUGCACAUCUCAUCCAGAUGAAGGCAAUGCAGCAGCUGCUCUGGCUUCAGCACAGCCAAAGUGGAAUGUUCAAUAUUUGCACGAUGAAGACAAUGCAAUAACUAAUCUCACAUCAGCACAGCCAAAGCCAAAGCCAACCAAUCAAUCUGAAACCAAUGUUCAACAUGAAGCUCCACCAUCAAGAUCUGAAGUAAAGCUCACUCAACUUGGGUGGUACAAGAAUGGGUGGAAAAGCUUCUUGGAGGAAGUGAAGGGAGAGUGUCACACAGUCCACACAUUGGACAACCCAUUUCCAAAUCUGAUCAAGGACUUACCAUGUUCAAUAACUGAAGUCCUCGUGUCCCUCAAGACCAAGUGGGAGAAGACUGGGAAGCAGGUUGAGAGCAGUGUGUGGCCUGUGCAGAAAUUCAACAUGGCAAGGCUGCGGUCUGAAUUGAAGAAGGUCAUAAUUUCCCUGGUCCCAAGAAUGUUAGAUCUCAUCCCACCUGAUGAGGUACCUGCACAUGAACACUUAACAUGGGUCCAAAAUGCAGCAUUAGAGUUAUGCAUCAACUCUCUGUUCCUGCAAAACAGAUAUGAUUCAAAUGUUUUUGUUUUUACUCUCCUGUUCAUCCCCCAUGACACUAACAUAUGGAAACAGGGAAAGACCAAUAACUUUGCAAAUCCUGCACUUCGAGAAGUCAUUGCACUAUUCUACUAUACCGGAUCAUACAGAAUUGCUCAGAAAAGACUAGAUUUAUUUCGCCAUCAGCUACCUUUGUCAUGCUUAGCUCUCAUCACCACUGUGUUCGAUUGUGUCCUGCUUGGCUUCUCAAAGAAUGGAUCUGGCAAGAUUUUUCUGAAGUUCACUGUGAAGGAGUAUGAACCAAUCUACAAAGAGAUGAUGGAAAUGAUCCAGCUCAUUUUGAAGGAUGAAUACCACAGCCCAAAGUUGAUCAAACAGCUUGAAGAGUGGGCUGCAUAUGGCUGGUCACAAAGCUUAAAGCUCGAUGGCUGUGGCUUGCAAGCAAGACCUGAUCACUUGAAGGUGGUGCUCGACUAG